UGCCUGGUCAGGUGACUCCAGCAGAAGCAGGAAGCGACUUGAGAGAGAAUUAUUAAAUGUUAAUAUUUGCUCACCGCAUGCCUGCGUUUCUUGCUUCGUAUUUGUAUUAAAAGUAAAUCCUUCGCAUCUUUUUGCCUAGUGGUGUGAAGCGGACAUGUUCGCAACGGACGACGAGGAAGGAGAUUUUACGUCUCCCACUGGAGGGAAUGAAAGCCGUUGACAGGGAUUGUAGAGAGGUGGAGAGUCAGUAUGUUAAUGCUGUUCACAUGCUGGUGGUUAGAAGUGCCGGACCAAAGCCGACAGCAUGCACAGGGUCUCAGUCUGGGACAUGUCACAGUCACGAGGAACACAACUUCAGUCCCUGUGUGGCUGUGGGCUUUUCUAGACCUGCUGAAAAUGUCCGAUAUCAACUAGAAGUGGACAUUUAGUGGUAUGAAGCUCAUAAACACAUUGUGGAGUGAGUCACUGGUCAUCCUUGUCUAGUUUUGCUUGAGUCAGCAGGUCAGUUGAGUAUGGCAGCAAUGCAGGAUGAUGCCUACAGCUGGAAAGAGAUCCAUGGGUCAGUGCGGUGUUUGGCUGUUAUGUGGUUGUUACAGUGGUGUUACUGCAGGGCAAAGUUAGCUUCUCUUUUUGGACUGGAUCAAGCAGCAAGCAAGGGCAACGAGUCGUUCCAGUACACGGCUCCCAAACAGCCUCGCAAGCGCUCCGGGAACUCGGGACCUCCCAGCCAAAAACCAGCCCCUCCUUGCAGCGCCCCUGCUGUUGUCUUUGCUACUGCAGUACAGGCCUACAGAUAUGUUAAUGGACAAUAUGCGAAACAAGGCAAGGUUGGAGCUGCUGUCCUUGGAAAUCAGACCACUAAAGAGUACAAGCUCCUGCUGUAUGUCAGUCAACAGAAGCAGGUGACGGCAGCCAGAAUCCACACCGGCUUCAUCCUCACCGUUCAGCCCAGUAACUACUGCACAUUUUAUGAUGACCAGAGACAGAACUGGUCGCUGAUGUUUGAAUCGGAGAAAGCAGCUACAGACUUUUGCAAAGAGGUUUGUCUGGCAAAAGUGAACUGUGGUGGUCCGUUAGACUCUGUCCUGAUCCAGGAUCUGCUGCUUGGUGAGGGGAAAGCUGUGGAGAAUGGAGACUCUUUAGAAGUUGCUUACACUGGCUGGUUAUUACAAAACCAGACUAUUGGAACGAUGUUUGACUCUAAUCUGAAUAAAGACAAACUGCUGAGACUGAAACUUGGGGCUGGAAAAGUCAUCAAGGGCUGGGAGGAGGGAAUGUUAAACAUGUGCAAAGGCGGAAGGCGGCUAAUGGUGAUUCCACCUAGUCUAGCGUAUGGGUCACAGGGCGUUCCAAACCGUGUCCCACCAGAUAGCACGCUGGUCUUUGAAGCAGAAAUCCGCAGAGUUAAGUGUGCUAAAGAUGGAAGUUCGAGAGAUUCUGCGGCUCCCUCUCCAGCUCCCAGUGUGGACAGUUUGGGCCCUUCUGAGCUCAACCAGCCGCUCAGCACCGCUCCACCCACCAACAAACCUAGUGAACCGCCUCUUCGUGCAAAAUCCAACUCUCUAAAUGAACAGCUGAGUAAUCCUGAUGCCAGUAAAGCUAAACUGAUUUCUCGUAUGGCCAAAAUGGGCCAACCAAUGCUGCCCUUCUUCACCGGUCCAGCCUCACAUCCAGACUCUAGCGACUCAGAACUUGAGGAUCCCAGUGUGUCCAGACUGAAGGAACAUAGCAGUGGACCAUCACCACAGCCUGUACACUUCUCUUCCUCUCCGAUUUCAGUGCAUGCUUCCGCCCUUCUACCUGUUACUAUGGCAACAGUCAAUCCACAGCCCUUGAUGCCAGGAGCAGUCCACGCCUUUCAGCCCGUCGGACAGAUGUAUCCCUCACAGACUGUUCCUUAUCAAGGAACUAGUGAUGUCACAUCCUUCUUAAUGACAGAGGCUCGACAACACAACACUGAAAUCCGAUUGGCUGUCGGGAAAGUGGCUGACAAACUGGACCUGUUGUCCUCUAAGAUGGAUGUCAUACAAAAGCAAGGCGGCCUUUCAUCGGGCUUAUCUAACUUUUCCAUGGAAACCGCUAUGAUUAUGCACAACAUUCAGAGAAUUAUACAGGAGAACGAGUGUCUGAAGAAAGAGGUGUUUGAGAAAAGUUCACGCAUCGAGGAGCAGAACCGCAAGAUAGGCGAGCUCAUCAAUCAGAACCAGAGGUACAUGGAGCAGAGUAACCUGCUGAUGGAGCAGAGAAAUGACUCGCUGAAGAACAGCAGUGAACAAUGUCAGGCCAGAAUACUGCAAGCAGAACAAGACAAGCAUGCACUGCCACGGGAAUUGGGCUGGGAUCAGGUGCGGUUAAGCGAGGAGUUGGCUUCCUCCACAGCGCGGGUGUCAGAGCUGCAGCUGGAGUUGACGUCACAGCAGCAGAAGGCUGCGGUCCUGCAGACCAAACUGAAUUCAGCCCUGCAAGACAGCCAGCAACACAGUACACACAUCACAAGUCUAGAGACGCAACUACUGGAGUUUAAAGAAACAGCAGAAAGAGUGCAGAGCCAAUACAAGACGGAGAAGCAGAAACGGAAGGAAAUGGAGCUGAAACUCAAUGGUUUGGAGGAAGAGCUACAGGACGCAAAGACAGAGAAGGACAGCUUGGAGAGAACUUUCUCUGAGAGGAAGAGGAAGUGGCAGGCGGAGAGACGACGCUCUGAUGAGGAACUGGAAGAGGUGAGGAGGGCGGCCCAGCAGGAGAUGGACAACCUCAGGAACCAAUUACGGAAAGCCAGAACCAGCACUGACCACGCUGCUGCUGGACAGCUGACUCAGAUGCAGGCUGAGCUGGAGCAGGAGUGGCAGAUGAAGUGUGAUCAGACUCUUGCAGCAGCCCGUGAACAGCAUAGAAGAGAAAUGACUGAACUCACAGAACACAGAGACACGCUGCAGAUAAAACUAACACAGCUACAGGAGAAGUUUAAUGCACUCCGACAGUCUCGUGAGUCAGAGGAGCGGCUUUCAGUGCAAGAUCAGGACCAGACACAAGAGUUACAGGCCUUGAGAGAGAAGUGCUCUGCGCUGGGUCAGAGAGCAGAGUUUCUGAGGCAGCAGGGAGAGGCGCGAGUGUCUGAGCUGGAGAGAAAACUGGCGGAGCGGCAACCACAGGCUGACACAGCAGAAGAGAUAAAGCGAGUGAUGAACGGUGUGUUCCAGUCUCUGAGGGGGGAGUUUGAUCUGAAUGAAACCUACACAGGAAGUGCUGUACUGAGAGCGCUGGUCAACACCAUCAAGAAAGUAACACUGCAGCUCCUUACUAGGAACGAGAGCUCUUCAUCUGAACACAGCGAGAAAGAUGAGGAUGCAGGGAAAGACGAAGAGAAUGAGGGUGAUGAGCAGCCUGGACAGAAGGUGCAUAUAAACGGCAGCAGAGAAGAAGAGGAGAGGAACAGAGAUUCUGCAGGACAGGAUGAAGAAGAGGCAGAAGAAGCAAAGGACCUUGAAAGAGAAGGCCAGAGUGAACAGGAAGUCGUAGAGGACGGAACUCAAGAGGUAGUGGUUGAAGAGAAGGAAGUGAAGGUUCAUGUUAGCACAGAGGAGAAUGUGCCGGAUCAGGUUGUGGAGUCGGACAGUGAAAGUGGUACAGAGGCCACACAUGAAGAAGACACUGAUAAUGAUGACAUCACCCCCAAACAGGAAGUGAUGACAGAAAAAUCUGACGACGCCACUUCCACACAGGAAGUGAAGGGAAUUAAUGAGCCGUCAGUUGAAGCAGAAGGUACAACGUGUGGACCUCCUGUGAACCCACCACCUCCCCCUCCUGACGCUUCACAAGAUGACUCUACCAACACAUCUGCACAGCUCUCCAGUACACCCGAGAGUGUACAAGCCGAAAAUGGGGAGGAACCAUUUUUCCAAAGCUCCGCCCCUCCCCAGCCCACACCUGCUGCUGAUGAAGAAGAGGAGGAGCUGAGUUUAAAGGGAUGCCCUCCUCCUGCUCCUCUAUUUGGUGAAGACAGCGAGGAUGAAGACCUGGAUUGGCUGGGCUGAUGUGACCCUUCACCAGUCGUGUGUCAAAACACUAGUG